CUGGUUUGUGUGCAGAUGUAGAUUACAUUAGCAUGUGAAACAUGAUUUAUUAUCCCAAUCAGGUGUAGACAAUACAUGGAUGUGGUCUGACAGAUGAGUGAAACAGAAGACAUAGUUUGCUUAGAUGAAAGAAUCUGCCAUGUAGAUGGGGAACUUCAAGUUGGUGGUACUACUUACACAAAACUGACAGUGGGAGAGUGUGGGUGCUGAUGGUACAAAUACUCUUGUUCAUAUCGAAGAUGGUAGCACACUGUGUCAACAGCACGAUGGUGGGCGAUGAUAGUGAUGGUAAUGGCAAACGCGAGCGCUACGAUGAUGACGUUGAGGAUGACGAUAUUGUUGUUUCUCUGACGCACUCGGAAGCAGGUAGUCCAAACAUUUGCCGUACUCAUGUCAAUAAUGGUGGACAUUCCUCCACUGUUUUCCUGUCUGACAAGUACAUGACAGUCAUACGACUUGCCGAGCCAAAAGUUGUCCUUGCUAGUUUGUGCUUGCUAAUGAUGAUGAUCGUGGCCUGCUUUAGUCCUGUCAUCAUCAGUGUUGUGGCUAUAGUAGACAGAGGGUUUACUCAAUCCCGAGCUGAACCAACACCACCAAAAGCUACUCUGAUUUCAGAUGUAGAACUGGCUAGUUUGUCCCAUCAGAUUGUUGAAAGCCGAGUUCCUCAUGACAGUGAUGAUGACUUAAGGGUUGGUUCACGAUCUGCUCAGAGAACGGUCAUGGAACAGUCUGCCAACACUACCCCAUCACCCCUGAUAACUGUGCUGAACGAUGCCCUAGUGAAGAGGAGCCAUCUCGUGGUACAUUUUGAACCCGAAGCCCCUUACCUUGAAGACCCAACCACCAGGCGUACUUGUUCUUGGUUCAUCUUCGGGAUCCAGGUUUGGGAGGAUGCCAAUGGACUUGUGUCUCUCUACUACGGUGUUUUCGACACUUGCCAGGAUGGGACUGACAAAACUGACGAGCGAAUGUCACUGCGGAAGACUGCUAUACGGUCGGUUGGUGGACGCUUGAGUACCACUGCUGAGCUCAUUACUUACUGGUUCCCAGUUUCUGAACCAGAUGGACCGCGUGUUUCAUAUCCCAUGUCCUACAACUAUACAAACAGCAGCAGGAUACCAAUGUACAUGUUCAGUACCCUUGAAAUCUCUGAACUUGGUACAAACCUCAUUGCAGGCGUACAUAACCCAGCCGAAGCGAAGUCACGAGUUGCAGUGGUGUCCACAGCCUUGGGUAAUCGCUCAACGGUGCUCACAGAUACGUUUCGCUUAUGGAGUCUGGCAUUUAAUCCAGCCAGGACAAAGCUGUACAUCACCAACGCAAUGAGUCCUAUCCGGCUUCUUUCCGCAGACACUAGGGAUGGUGACACUCUUAUUGAUAACUGGACUACUUUCAAGGCAGUGGAGGCCUUCACUGCUGCAGCUGCAGUCCAUUCUAUAAGUUCCAUCUACUUCGUGAAGCAGAGCUUUGUCCCGGACGGAAGUUGCCUCUAUUUCACGGACAACUUACAGGCCAAAGUGUGGAGCAUAACUGCACCGGACUUGCCAGAGGUGAACCUCACGCUUGUUGCUGGGUCUGGAGGAGCAGCAACUGUGGAUGGGCCUGCCCGUGGAGCAUCAUUUGGGUUGCUUCGCGAGGUUGUGACCACCGCUGAAGGGUGCAAUCUGUUCGUAACCGAGGAUAGUACUCCAGGUUAUGUUCACUGGAUCAAGCUCGACUCCCCAUGUUCAAUGGGAGUUGCAGUGGAACCCAUACUCAGAAGUAACGAUUCCGGAUUCUGGGGCUUGGCGCUCCACGAUGAUGGUGUCGACCUGUACUUGUACGUUGGAACAACCCGCGGUGACAUCAUCGAGCUUCAACUCGAUAGAUCUCGGCUCCAUUCCUGUGACUUUGUUACUCCACUGUCCUCCUCACGUCCUCCGGUUCAUGAUCCACCUUCUCCGGUUCAUGGUGCACCUCCUGGUCCUCCUCCGAUUGAUAUUCGCGGACGCAACAAUAGUGUGGUUGUCAUAGCUGCCGCAGCUGUGUCGUCCACCAUUUUCUUCAUGUUGCUGACCAUCGUCGCUGUUUACAUCUGGAGAAGGCACAAACAGGCAAAGAGGGAGCAGCUCUCCACGGCCAGGGAAUCCGGGAAAACAUGUUCCCAGGUGGAUGUGGAUAUGAGUGAAGAUACAGCUGAAGCACUUGACUGUGGCAGAGGGAAGGAGAUUCAUCCAACUCAACUGAAAGUAUUUACUUUGCAGGACCUCGAGCAGAGCACAGACAAUUUUAGUGACAACCAUAAGGUUGGUGAAACAGGAGCAUUUGGUUCCGUGUACCGGGGUGUGGUGAAUGGUGUGGAGGUGGCAAUGAAAGUCAUGACCGGGCAGUUUACAGACAUGAAGCGAAGGCAGUUUCUUGCAGAAAUCAACACUCUCGGUAGGGUCCAUCACGCCAACCUCAUCCCAUUGAUUGGCUACUGCCAUGCAAGUGAUCAGGCCAUCCUGGUGUACCCUUACUUUCCUGGUGGAAGCUUGCAUGCCCGGCUGCACGAACGAGUGGUGGACUCUCGCACACAGUUGCUACAUGCUCCACUGACUCUUCUGGAGCGCAUUAACGUUGCUUCUCAGAUUGGCAGGGGCCUAAGCUACCUACACAAAGGUGCAGACCCACCUGUUCUCCAUCGAGAUAUCAAAAGCAGCAAUGUCUUACUUGAUGACUGCAGGGAGGAAGGUAUCCAUGUGGUGGUUGCAGAUUUUGGUCUUGCAGCGAUAGGAGAGAGAGUGUUCGGCACCACCCAUGAGAUCUUUGUAAAGACCUCUCAUGUUGCAGGUACCUAUGGGUAUAUGUCCCCAGAGUACUUCCUGCACGGCUUUUUGACUGACCGGAAUGACGUGUAUGCCUUCGGUGUCAUCCUGUUGGAGCUGUUGACAGGAAGAAGGGUUGUUAUGCCAUCUCCUUCUGGGACAGGUAUGGAGACUCUCGUCUUCUGGGUGAAGCGGUUUCUCGAAGAUCCUUCUGUGGAUUUGCCUGAUGCAAUCUUGGAUCCGGCACUGUGCAAGGGCUAUCAAAUGGAAGUCAGGUCCUUAAGGGAUGUGGCUAUGAAGAUAACUCAGCUUGCAAUGGAGUGCGUGAAAAAUGAUGACAGACUGAGACCCAGGAUGAGUGGCGUGGCACGGCGAAUGGAGUCUCUUUUUGAGGAGGCAAAUGAAAUUCGCAGACAUGAAGGACCAUCAGGAUUGAUCGAGGAUAGGACGUUGGGCGGCAGCUCAAGGGCGUAAGAAAUUUGGAGACACCUUUCGCGCCUUUGGCAGUAUUACAAGAC